CAUCAUGUACGCCCACCGCCUCCAGUUCUUCCUCCUGCACGCCUGGUGGGUGCUGCUCCAGGCAGGCGCCGCCACAGUGGCCCAGGUACCCCUACGGACACUGGGGCAACCCUCGUCUCCGUCCCCUCUCGCUUACAUGCUGAGCCUCUACCGCGACCCGCUGCCCCGGGCGGACAUCAUCCGCAGUCUGCAGGCACAAGAUGUGGAUGUGGAUGGGCAGAACUGGACCUUUGCUUUUGAUUUCUCCUUCCUGAGCCAAGAAGAAGAGCUGGCGUGGGCUGAGCUCCGGCUGCAGCUGCCCAGCCCCGUGGACCUCCCCGCCAAGGGCCAGCUCACCAUUGAGAUCUUCCACCAGCCAAAACUGGACACAGAGAAGGACCCAGGCAACUGCCUGAGGCGUCUUCGGAUGGAACUAUUCACCAUCACUUUGUCCCAGGUCACCUUUUCUUCGGGCAGCAUGGUCCUGGAGGUGACCAAGCCCCUCUCCAAAUGGCUGAAGGACCCCAGGGCACUGGAGGAACAGAUGUCCACUCUGUCCAGAGAGUGCUGGCAGCCCUCCCCCACCCCCCCUGUCACUGGCACCAGCGUGCUCCUCAUGCUCUACUCCAACCUGCCCCGGGAGCAGAGGCGGCUGGGUGGCGCCACCUUGCUGUGGGAAGCUGAGAGCUCCUGGCGGGCCCAGGAGGGACAGCUCUCCCGGGAGAGGGUCCUGAGACACCGGCGGCAUCACUUGCCAGACAGAAGCCAGCUGUGUCGGAAGGUCAAGUUCCAGGUGGACUUCAACCUGAUCGGGUGGGGCUCCUGGAUCAUCUACCCCAAGCAGUACAACGCCUACCGCUGCGAGGGCGAGUGCCCUAACCCCGUGGGGGAGGAGUUCCACCCCACCAACCACGCAUACAUCCAGAGUCUGCUGAAACGCUACCAGCCCCAUCGGGUCCCUUCCACCUGCUGUGCCCCAGUGAAGACCAAGCCGCUGAGCAUGCUGUAUGUGGAUAAUGGCAGAGUGCUCCUAGAGCACCAUAAAGACAUGAUCGUGGAAGAGUGUGGGUGCCUCUGACCACAUCCUGGAGGGAUGUCAGAUUUGCCUACACUCCAGAAGGUUGGGAAGCUCCUGGAAGACGUUACACUUAUCCAGGGAGGAGAAACAGAGGGAAGAAGCAGCUCUGCCCAGCAGAACCGAAGAGGAAGGGCUGCCCGCUCUGUAAAUGAAGGGCCCUGUGAGGUUGGCCAAGCCCAGAGGCCCUGGUCAGGAGGAGGGAAGAGAAAGCCUUGCAGAGGGCAGAGUGCUUGCUGGAUUUUCUCUUUAUCGAAAAGACAGUAGCAAGUAAAAGUGCAAGCACAAGAAUUCUUUACCCAAUUUGUUUUUAAAUUCAUGAACCCCUUGAAAUUGUGUGCAAAGUUGGAGCAAAUGUGCAUUUAUUUUUGAGGUGGGGCAAGGCGAUCUAUAGCUUUGGCGUAUUUUCCAAAGCAGUCUGUGAACCACUGCUUCUCCUUCAAAGAUUAAGUAUCAAUUUAGUAGAUUAAAACUAUUGGCUCUUGUUGCAUCAGGCUGGGGUAGGGGAGCCCUGCACAUCUUCCUGGUUGGCCAGUGGCAAUCUGUUGGCUGUGUUCAGAGGCUCCCUGGCAUGGUCUCUGCUAAUGAGUUGCAUAAACAAUAAAGCCAUUGUCUAGCUCUCCUAGGCCAGCUGGUGCCUUUAACAAGAGAGCCAGGAACUCCUAGAGGACUGGCCAUGUUGGACUACAGAAGCUGGAACCCUCAGACAUCCCUGAGUCAGUCUGCUUGGCAGACACAACUCGAGUCUAUUAAA